GAUGUUUGGAAUGGUUUUGGAGAAAAUUAUCAUUCCUGAAAUCCAGAAAGUGUCUGGGCAAGUUGAGAAGAAAAUCUGUGCUGUUGGCAUUACAAAAAUAUUAACAGAAUGUCCUCCUAUGAUGGACACCGAGUACACCAAGCUGUGGAUCCCUUUGCUGCAGGCCCUCAUUGGCCUCUUUGAACUGCCUGAGGAUGACACUAUCCCUGAUGAAGAGCACUUCAUUGACAUAGAAGAUACUCCAGGAUAUCAGACUGCAUUCUCUCAGCUAGCCUUUGCUGGAAAAAAAGAACACGAUCCUGUAGGUCAAAUGGUGAACAAUCCUAGAAUCCAUCUGGCACAGUCUCUUCACAAACUGUCCACAGCGUGCCCAGGCAGG